AUGCUUCCGCGAGUUGUACAUUUCCACAGAGACGGGAGCCACGAGAACCGGGCAGGCCGACCCAACAGCCGCCAUAAUAACGGGAACAGCUAUGGGACUAAUUUCAGCCAGGCGUCUAGUACAAGCAGUCGAACUUCCAGCUCACGGACCUCCGAAACAGGCCAAUGGCCGCUUGCACAACAUUACUUCCACUCCCGAACAACUUCGUUUAACACCCCGGACGGACUGUGGCAUUCUCUGCCUACAUUCGACGACCGUCAAGAUGUCAAGAUUGCCAUAAUAUGUGCCCUGCCGAAGGAGGCGGAUGAGGUUUUCGCUGUCUUUGACAAACCGGGGGAUGAUAAGAGACAAUUCACCAAGACCGCCCGCGAUAGGAUUGCAUACACUAUCUGCUUCGUUGGGGAACACCCUGUUGUGGUGGUCCACAUGCCUGGUGCUGGAAAAGUCAAUGCAGCGGGCGUGGCGGCGUACCUCAGUAGCAGCUUUCGCAACAUCCAGCUUGCUUUGCUGGUUGGUAUCUGUGGAGGUGUCCCUGGCGGCUCUGACGGCUCAGAAGAUGUUCGCCUGGGUGAUGUGGUGAUGAGUCAGUCGAUUGUUCAGUACGACUCUGGCAAGCAAUAUCCAGAAGCAUUCGAACGGAAGCCCUCAACAACCAGCGCCUCGUUGGAUCUUCGGACUGCCCUGAACCAAUUGGAAACCGAGUAUCACCGAGAACUUUUGCAAAAGAGGCUCUAUGAUCUACUAAGUGAUCUUCAGACUCGUCGUUCAAAGGUGGCAUACCCUGGCACAGAAUUCGAUCGGCUUUUCGAGCCGGCUUACCUGCACAAACAUUGGAAUAAUACUUGCAAUACUUGCAACAGUGGGGCUGGCAGGGUUUGUUCAGCAGCGCACGGCUUAUCGUGUCCCAGACUUGGUUGCGAAGACGAGCACUUGGUGCCCCGUCCAGCUCCAAUCCUGUCGUCUGAUGGCAAAAGAGUGCCCUCCAUCCAUGUUGGAACCAUGGGAUCAGGAGACAGGGUUAUGAAGUCAGGCACUCACCGUGAUGCCAUUGCAGAAAAGGAAGGUAUCAUCGCUUUCGAGAUGGAGGGCGCAGGAUUGAUUGAUCAUUUUCCCUGUCUUGUGAUAAAGGGCGUUGCCGACUACGCUGAUAGCCACAAGAACGACGUUUGGCACCACUAUGCCUCUGCCACCGCCGCAUGCUGUGCAAGAGCUUUCCUCGAGAGGUUUUGGACGGCACAAGCAACGGAAUACCACGGUCAUGGCUAUGAUCCGUGGUCCUUUCUCGGCUCGCCUGAUCCAAUGAUGGGCUCCCACCGAUCUGAAGCUCCAUCCUCUGAAGGUCUUGCCCAUCAAUCCACAAUUUGGUGUGUGCCACUGCGACGCAAGAUCAGUUUUGCAGGGAGAACCAACGAGCUUGCCGCCCUGGAGGCCAUGUACACCAACCCCGAUUGCUCGUCCAUAUCUUUGCUUGGCUUGGGGGGUGUCGGCAAAAGCAAUCUCGCCCUAGAGUUUGCGUAUUCUCUCCGGGAAAAGUCGCCCGAUGUUUCCAUCUUUUGGGUCCAGGCUUCGGACGCGAUGAAUUUCGACAAUGGCUACGCGGAAAUCGGUCGUCAACUAGAGAUCUCUUCCAUGGCAGAGCUGCAAAGCGAUCUGAAGCAAUUGGUAAGGCAGCGUCUGAGUCAAGAGAGCUUUGGUCGGUGGCUUCUAAUUAUCGACAAUGUGGAUGACUUCGGGUUGUUCUUUGGCGACGAGGGAAUCACCCGUUCCAAGUCACUCAACUCCUUUGUUCCGCGAAGCUCUUAUGGCUGUACUCUCAUCACCACUCGCGAUAGAAAAGUGGCUCUCAAUUUUAGUCGCAACCACACUAUUGAAAUCCCGUGCCUGGAUAAGGAGGGCGCUCUCACGCUACUGGAAACCUUGCUUGAGCCUCUCCCAUCUGGUCUGGACAGAACCCUCGCCUGUUCACUCGUGGAACGUCUUAAUUGUCUUCCUUUAGCGAUUGUGCAAGCUACCGCAUACAUCAACCUCAACAGAAUCGACGUUUCAGACUAUGUGAGUUUGUUAGAUGACAAAGAAGAAACUGUGUUUGAACUUUUGGAUGAAGAUUUCCAGGACGAAGUGCGGGCCCCGGGCGCGAAAAACUCCAUAAUUUCAACCUGGAGAAUCACUUUUGAAAACAUUGCGCGCCGAAGCCCCUUGGCCCAGGAAUGCCUGACAAUGAUUGCAUGCAUCGAUUCCAAGAACAUUCCCGAGCGGCUUUUACCAGAAGGUGCCUCACGGAAGCACACGAUAGACGCCAUAGGACUGCUAACCGGCUACUCUUUCUUGACGCGAAGGCAUUCAGAUUCCGGUAGCGGUACAACCUACGAUAUGCAUAACCUCGUCCACCUGGCGUGUCGCAGCUGGCUGCAAGAAAAGUCAGCUUUAAAAACAUGGGCGCCUAGGGCGCUCAAUCGCAUGCUGGAGACCUUUCCCAAACCCGACCACACCAACAGAUCUGCCUGGUCUUUGUACCUUCCACAUGCGUCUCGACUUCUACACUCGGUUCACAUUGCUGACAUGGAAAAUUGCUUUGAGCUCACUUUCUUGGUGGGACAGUGCCUUUUUCUAGAGGGCAAAUAUCGUGACGCGGCUAUAAAUUUCAAAAUCGUUGUGGAGCAUAGAGAGAAGACACUGGAGCCUUUUCACCACAACCUUCUUCAGGCUUACACAGAGUUGUCAAUCGCCCUGGAACGCUGCAGUCAACUGGAAAAAUCACUGGACUAUGGCCAGAAAGCACUCCGUGGUUACACUGAAACAUUGCCUCCAAGUCAUCCCACUGUACUCACUGCCUUUUCCAACAUCGCUUCGGUGAAACGAAGACAACAUCGGUGGAAAGAAGCCCUGGAGUUUGAUCAGGCAGUCAUGGAGGCAAGAAGGACGGUUCUUGGCGCCAAUCAUCCGGACACGUUGAGCAGCAUGGCCAACUUAGCGGCGUCCUACAAAAGCAUGGGCUCUCCAGAAAAGGCAGAGGAACUUCUUCAAUGUGUAGUGGAAGGUCAGAGAUCGGCUUUGGGAGAGGAUGAUCCAGUCUUUCUCUCAUCCCUGGCGCGCCUCGCCUCAACAUCUCGCUAUUUAGGCAGGCUUGCACUCGCUGAGGAGCUUGCCCUGGAUGUGUUGAAUAAGAGAAAACGGGUCCUUGGUGCGCAUCAUCCUGACACCAUCCGCAGCAUGGCCAAUUUGGGCUCAACAUGGCGGCAGCAAAAGCGGUGGGAGGAUGCCGAACGUAUUGAAAAGGAAGUCCUUGCAUUGCGAAUCGGCAUCCUGGGGGAAGAAGAUCCCCAUACUUUGACGGCCAUGGGAAACCUUGCAGCUACCUAUCGCAGUUCAGGCAAAUAUGCCCUCGCGGAGAAGUGGGAUAAAGACACGCUGAAGAUCAAAGAACGGAUAUUUGGCCCGAACGACCAUUCGACUCUGACUACUAUGUCUAGCAUAGCUUCGACGUACCGGAAGUCCAACCGAAGGGCGGAAGCAGACGCACUGAGCAAAGAAGUGCUGAAGCGCUGUCGCCAAUCAAUGGGGGAAUUGCAUCCUCAGACCCUCGGCUGCAUGGCUGAAGUUGCUUACAUUUCCAAGCGAGAGGGGAAGUUAUAUCUGGCGGCUUCCCUGGCCAAAGAGGUGAUAAAGGGGCGAGAACGCCUGCAGGAUCCUCAACACAAGCAGGUUCGGGAAAUGAGACAUCUACUGUCAAGCGUGAACAGGCAGCGCAACCGACUCAGAGGGAAGAGAGAGCAUUCGGCGGGAUAA